AUGCUUGACCGCCUUACCUUCUUAGAUAAUCAUUACAGCUACGACGACAUCAUUGAUGCCAUUGAUGAAGCUGAGGAUGGAGGCGCAGGCGACUAUCCUCACCAAUACCAUGACUAUGAGGGUUUCGACUUCCCAUCGUGCAGCGGCGAGUACUACGAAUACCCUCUCGAGUCUGGCGAAGUGUAUGUCGGUGGCAGCCCCGGAGCCGACCGUGUCAUUUACGAUGAUUCUGGUGAUUUCUGCGCUUGCAUCACUCAUACUGGGGCAUCAAGCUAUGAUGGAUUCGUUGAGUGUGACUUUUAG